UCUGCCUCCCCUUUGUCGCUGCUCUGCCUUCUUCCCUCAGCAGCCUGCGUGUCGGUUCUUCGUCUUCUGGCCUGGCCGUUCCCCAAAAGCCCUUUUCGAUGCUUUGAGCGCCCUUUUCUCCCCUCGGCUGCUUCCGCAGCUGUAGUUCUGCACUGCUGCUCUCUCUUCUGCUUUGAUGACCACUUCCUCUGUGAACCCUGUUUUGUUUUCAAAAGACUCGGUCAAAUGCCUGCCUCCUUUUCUCCUGUCUUGCGUUGAUAAAUUUCAUCCUCAACCCUCCAGUGCAGAGGGAAGCCAUUAAUUCCUAUGCAUUUAAGGCCCUAAUUGAUGCGUAAGGUAAGAAUGGAGGUGUUGCAAACGAUGCUUCUGUGGAAAUCUGGGGUGUCUGAAUUUAACACAGUGGCCCCUCCAAUGUGGACAGAUCCAGCCCAUUGGGACCGGAUUGUGAUGUGCUAAUCCUCUUAGCUGCUUUGGCAGAUGUUGUGUGCCCACCAUUCUGUCUGUAUGAGUUUACUGUUGACUGGGGACUGCAUUGACGUGAGCCCGGGCCUUCUCCAGCACAGCCGUCGCCGUGGGAUAGGCCGGGGCCAGGGGGGGCUGUCACUUUCCUGACUUCCUUAUCGUGGGGCACAUGGUCUGGCUUGCAGUCCAGGAGAUCAGGUCCAAAACUAAUUAUGAGCCCAGUGAGAACUUUGUUGCAAUGACCCUUCGAUAUUUUGGAAUAGCCCCAAUCUAAUUAGAUCAGCUAAUUGGCAAUAAACUAUUUCAAUCCUUUGAGUUAUUGCAAAAUGAAUCCCGCACAAUGGCAACGUAUUCUGUUAAAACAUCUUUUGCUUUUAUAGUUUGGUCCAGGCGCAUUAGCAGCAUCUAAUUAGCAGCAUAAUGCUUUGCUUUCAGCACUGAAAUGUGUUUGGGAUGAUUCUGAGUCUAUAGUACUUUUUAUAGACGGUUUGGAUAUUCGUUUUUUGCAAGAACGUGGGAAAAAAGAGUUGGAACGCUCCUUAUAGCAAACCAGUGAUCAAGAUUCUUAAGUACUGUUGUGUAUGUUUCUUUCGCUCUUAACAGGAGAUGAAUUCGGCGUGUUUUCCAUGUGAUGUGGGUGCCUUCCGAUUGUUUUUAGGGGUUGGCUGCCAACCGCUCUCUCUCGGCGGUGCCUCUAGGUCCCCAAGGCUGGCCCAUCCCCACGGUACUGGUUAGAGGUCUCUAAGCUCCGGGGAGUCGGCUGUCCCCACUCCGCCCCUCUGCCAGCCUCUCCCCACGCUGCUUCUGCCCUUCUUCCCUGCCACAGAAUAUCUUUGGAGAACGGAGGGCAGAACUGCUGCAGAGAACCUGUUGCUGGGUUUGUGCUGCCAAAGAUGAGUCCCUCCGAAGGAGAAGAAACCCCGCUGCGGCGGAUCACGCCCUUCCUUUCUUGGGCUGCUACGACCUGUUUGCGUGCGGGGGGGAAGGGGUGGCCCCCCGGCGAGGGAGGAGGCGCUCCUGGUCCGGCUCUCGCUCGGGCUCCCUCGAGAACGGCCCCUUUCUCUGCCCCGAGGGUGAAGCAGCGCGUCAGCUUCCACGAGCCCUGGGUGCCUUUUUCAUUGUGGAGGCAAUUACAGUUUGGGGUGUUAGCAGCUUAAAGACACCCGAAUUGACAUAUGUGAGCUCUCAUAGAUAUUUUUACUCUCGUAACUGCCAGGCAGUCUGACACUCAGAGCCGGCGUGAUGCGAUACCAGAGAAGCUGGCGUGGCAGUGAGUUCAAGUUCGUCCGCAUUCCUCUGCUUCUUUUGCAGGUCAAAAUGCCACGCCGCUGGUGCCACAAAGCGGAAGCGGUCGCGCUCGGUCUGAUUGGAUUCACCUGCGUUCUGUUCCUUCUCCAACCCAACAAGAGCAGCCCCAUCUCCAGAGGGAGAGCGACCCCCGUGCCACCCACAACCGUGGCUCCCAGAGCCCCCGAUCCGCUUCCCGAGUGCCGGGAGAACGCCUCCGUGGCCAACAUCUCCGGCUUUGCGCAGCUGCCCGGCCACAUCAAGGAUUUUUUGCGUUACAAGCACUGUAAGGAGUUCCCGCUGCUUCUCAACGUCGCAGAGAAGUGCGGCAGCCCCGAAACCUCCUUCGAGGUUUUUCUGCUCCUUGCCAUCAAGUCCUCCCCAGGCAACUACGAACGGCGCGAGAUCAUCCGCAAAACGUGGGGCCAAGAGCGGAUGUUUGCCGGGGUCCACAUCCGGCGCGUCUUCCUGACUGGCGUGGCGGCUGAUGCCCGGGAGGGGCACAAGCUCAGCCAGCUGCUCCGGCUCGAGAACAAGGAGCACGGGGACGUCCUGCAGUGGCACUUUGUGGACAGCUUCUUCAACCUCACCCUCAAGCAGGUGCUUUUCCACGCCUGGAUGGAGACCCGCUGCCCAGGGGUCCGCUUCGUCUUCAACGGGGACGACGACGUCUUUGCCAACACCGAUAACAUUGUCCAAUACCUGCUCGGUGUUCCCGGCGCAGGGGAUCAGCACCUUUUUGUGGGCCAGCUCAUCACCAACGUGGGCCCCAUCCGCGAGAAGUGGAGCAAGUAUUAUGUGCCCGAGCAAGUCACCGCCUCCAAGUCCUACCCGCCUUAUUGCGGCGGUGGCGGCCUGCUGAUGUCCGGCUACACUUCCCGCACCAUCUACCAGAAAUCCCUUGACAUUGAGCUGUUUCCCAUUGAUGACGUCUACCUGGGCAUGUGCUUGCAGAAAGCGGGGCUGGCCCCCGCCUCCCAUAUGGGCAUCCGGACGGUGGGCGUGAGGGUGCCCUCUUCCACACUGGAGUCCUUUGAUCCCUGUUAUUACAAGGAGCUCCUCCUGGUCCACCGAUUUGUGCCGUACGAGAUGCUGGUGAUGUGGCAAGCCAUCCACCAGCCGGACUUGGUGUGUGGGAAGAAGGUCGAGAUUUAUCAGAGCUUGUGAGGAAUCGUGGGAUUUAAGGGGAGGGCAGGGCAGCUCUGCCCAUUGCGGAAGGAAGCCCGCCUGGGUCCGGAAGGGUCAAGAACAUGAUCAGCUGGAGGGACUGCCACAGGGAGCCCCCGGCAUGCGUUCUGGCCCAGCGGUUUGGGUUUCACAGACUGCCCUCCGCUCUCCCCCGUCCCUUGUGGCCACAGGCUUCCUCCACGCAGAAUGCGAGAGAGGCUUUGCAGGCACGGGCAUCAGACCUGGGGCUGGCGCUCUCUUGGGAACUGGGGCAGCAAUGCCUCGCUACUCAGCCGCGUGCCUCUCCCCAUGCUGGGCGCAGGAUCAGGGACGCCGCCGCCUCCUGAUGGCUGCUUCCUGGUCCUCAAAUCCUCCUCCCAUUUGGCACAGUUUCUGAGCAUCCCCUCGGAGAGUGCUCUCGAAAGGCUGAACGCCGUCCUUGCUGGCCUGGGGGGCCAGGACUCUGGGUUUUGUGCCAGGCCCUCGGAGGUCGCUCCAGUCGGCCCUCCUGCUGGUGCUGAUGAGAGAAGUGGGGCUCCCUCGCCUCCCCCCCCAUUUGCUCGGACUGGACUCGUGCGUGUGUGUUUUGAGACACCAGGUGUGUCGGGUUCUGAGGCUUUUCACGCAGAGCCCAAAUGAUGCAACUGUCAGGCUGCCGCCUCGCCGGCAGGGCCUUAAAA